AUGUGGGAAUUGCUCCCUAAACAAUUGCUCACUACUGGCGAUUCUAGUUAUUAUCUUAUUGCUUUGUUUUCCGCCAUCGAUGUACUCAAGAAUACCGAUAGCAUCCGGAAAUUGGGCCAAGUGGAUGAGUCCUCCAUAACGGAAGAUGGAUCGUACUGUUCCUCUGUGGGCAGUUUUGGCCCGGUGCUAUCAUCAACGUCGGAUGCUUUUGUGAAGGUUGCAAUCCCUGAUGAACUUGAUGGCUCAAUCCGAUACCAUACAUUCCCAGGUGUACCACAAAUGACCGCUGGUAAACUGUGCCGUGUCAUCGCGCACCAGUUCGGAAUCACGAAUCCAGAGGACCAUGGAUUAUACCUGCUUGUUGAUGGAUACGAAACAUGUCUUUUGUCAAACGAAUGUCCGGAUUUGAUACGGCAUCAGUUGCGGCAGGCUCGUAAGGCUCACAUGUUUGCUUAUAAACGACACGAAGCAAAAAUAGCCUGGCCUAAAGUUGCUAUGUCUUCUGCGUUAUGA